GACUCAAUAAGCUAAAAACUCUCUCAAAAAGCCCUUUAUCAUUCAAAUAAGGCCGAGUACUAUAUAGUGUGACUAUUGAUUAAUAUACUUCCCGCCAAACAACUAAAAAAACCCAAUUUUAUAAACCUCCAAACAUUCAUUUGCCAAUGAAUUGUUAUAGAACAAGAUCAGUUGCAACAUUUCUUCAUCCCCAAAUUCAAUUCUCUGUAUUUUCGCUAUAUAAGCGUGCAUUUCAGACAUUCUUAGACCAACAUAAUAUCUCAGACCAUAAAUUCAACAAUACAGAUUUACUUUCAUGGCUUUCUUAUCACCCAAACCCAGAAAUUUCUCAAUUUCAGACCAAAGGUUUCUCAAAUAUUACCAAACAAUUCACUGGGAAGGCUUUGCAUUGCAUUUGGUUCAAGGUUUUGAUCCCUUUUAGCAUAUUUCAUUCAAAUACUUUGAUUGGUAUGUAUUCGAGAUUCGGGUGUAUUGAUGCUGCCCACCAUGUGUUCGAUAAAAUGCCGCUUAGAAAUGAGGCUUCUUGGAAUACUUUGAUUUCUGGGUUUGUAAGAGUUGGUUUGUAUGUGAAGGCUUUUAAGUUAUUUUGUGAAAUGAGAAGUUUUUCUGACUUUGCUUCAAAUGGGUUUGUAAUAUCGAGUUUGAUCACUGGUUGUAGUAGGUCAAAUGAUAUGAUUUCUCAAGCAUUUCAAUUACAUGGUUUUGUUGUUAAGUCAGGAUUAUUGGAUGAUGUCUUUGUUGUUACUUCUAUGCUGCAUUUUUAUGGAACUAAUGGGUUUUUGAUGGAGGCUAAGACUCUUUAUCAGGGAAUGCCAUAUAAGAGUAUAGUUACUCGGACUGCGCUGAUGGUUGUGUAUUCUGAUAGUGGACAACCUCAGGAAGUUAUUGAUAUGUAUCAGCAGAUGAGGCAAGAAGGGGUAGGCUUCAAUGAGAAUACAUUUACUGUGGUGAUCAGUUCUUGUGGGAUGCUUGAGAAUCCAAUUUUGGGUCUGCAAGUUCUUGGACAUGUUAUAAAGUUUGGGUUUGAGUCAAAUCUAUCGGUUGCUAAUUCUCUCAUAUCAAUGUUUGAUAGCUUUGGAUAUUUGGAUGAGGCAUCAUAUGUGUUUGAUUUGAUGAAGCAACGUGAUACAAUCUCUUGGAAUUCAAUAAUUACUGCUCAUGGUCAUCACAAGCUUUGUGAAGAAUCCCUAGGAUACUUCAGGCAGAUGCGUUUCGUUCAUGAUGAGGUGAACUCGGUUACACUUUCCAGCUUGUUAUUGGCUUCUGAUACUGUUGAUUUUGUAAAAUGGGGCAGGGGUAUUCAUGGUCUUGUAGUCAAAUAUGGAUUUCAUACAGAUGUUUGUGUGUGCAAUACUCUUCUUACCAUGUACUCUGGAGCUGGACAACUUGAUGAUGCCGAGUUGAUAUUUACUACAAUGCCAGAGAAAGAUUUAAUCACAUGGAAUUCAAUGGUAACAUGUUAUACCCAAAAUGGAAAAUCCAUGGAUGCCUUUCGAAUUUUGAGUAGCCUUUUGAAGGCAAGGGCAUCAAUAAACCAAGCCAGUAUUGCCAGUGUUUUAGGAGCAUGUACUGGCCAAGAGUUCCUUCCUGAAGGCAAUAUUGUCCAUGCUAUUGCUGUCAGUUCUGGCCUUGCCAAUAAUUUGAUUGUUGGUAAUUCGUUGAUUACCAUGUAUGCAAAUUUGGGUUUGACAAAUAAAGCUCAAAAAGUUUUUGAGACGAUGCCUGAUCAAGACACUGUCACAUGGAAUGCUUUGAUCGGAGGAUAUGCUGAAAAUGAAGAAGCUGAUGAAGCAUUUAUUUCCUAUAAGUUGAUGAGAAGAAGAGGCUUGCAAGAAAAUUACAUAACCAUAGUGAAUCUUCUUUCUUCGUUUUCUUCUGCCAGUAGUCUUUUGACGCGUGGAAUGUCUGUUCAUGCACAUAUUGUUUGUACAGGUUUUGAAUCAGACGAGUAUGUGAAGAAUUCUCUUCUUACUAUGUAUGCCAAAUGUGGUGAUCUUGACUCAAGCAGUGUACUAUUCAGUAUAUCCAGGAACAUAACUCCUGUCACUUACAAUGCCAUAAUUUCUGCUAAUGCACGUCAUGGCCGGGGAGAAGAUGCAUUGAAACUGUUCAAAAAUAUGUACAAUCUGGGGAUAGAUUUAGAUCAAUUUACCCUUUCCAGUGCUUUUGCUGCUGCAGCCAACUUGGCAAUCUUGGAAGAGGGUAAAAUGCUCCAUGGACUGACUGUUAAAAUUGGGUUGGACAUAAAUUUGCAUGUAAUAAAUGCUGCAAUGGAUAUGUAUGGGAAAUGCGGAGAGUUGGAUGAUGUCUUGAAUAUACUUCCAGAACCAGUUAACAGGUCACGGUUAUCAUGGAACAUUCUAAUUUCAACUUACUCAAGGCAUGGGCUUUUUCAACAAGCGAGGGACACUUUUCAUGAAAUGCUUGAUGUAGGGAUAAAACCUGAUUAUGUGACUUUUGUCUGCCUUCUAAGUGCGUGUAGUCAUGGGGGCCUUAUUGAUGAGGGUCUUGAAUAUUACUCUUCCAUGACAAGGGAUUUUGGAAUUCCACCUGGAAUUGAGCAUUGUGUAUGUGUGGUUGAUUUGCUAGGGCGAUCAGGAAGAUUUGCUGAGGCUGAGAAAUUUCUGAUUGAAAUGCCAGUAUCUCCCAAUGGAUUUGUUUGGCGGAGCUUAUUGGCUGCUUGUAGAGUUCAUGUUAAUGUCGAACUUGGUAAAAAAGCUGCACAGCAGCUUAUACAAAUGGGACCUGAUGAUGACUCUGUAUAUGUUUUGUAUUCUAACGUAUGUGCAUCAAGUGGGAACUGGGAGGAUGUGGAGAGUAUCAGAAAUCAAAUGCAAUUGGGUAAUGUAAAGAAAAAGCCUGCAUGUAGCUGGGUCAAGUUGAAGAACAAGGUCAGCUCUUUUGGAAUGGGAGACAAAUCCCACUCUCAAACAAAGCUAAUAGAUGCAAAACUCAAAGAAGUCAAGAAGCUGAUUACUGAAGCAGGUUAUGUCCCUGAUACAAGCUUUGCUUUGCAUGAUACGGAUGAAGAGCAGAAGGAGCACAAUUUAUGGAACCACAGUGAGAGACUUGCUCUUGCAUAUGGGUUAAUUAACUCCCCAGAAGGCUCAAUCAUCAGAGUAUUCAAGAACCUUCGUGUCUGUGGUGAUUGCCACACUGUUUUUAAAUUUGUUAGUGCAGCAGUUGGCAGGGAAAUUCUAUUGAAGGAUCCCUACCGGUUUCAUCACUUCAAAGGUGGCAAGUGUUCAUGUGGGGAUUUUUGGUAGUCGGGAUGCUAUUGUAUAGCUGCAUAGUAGCAAACACACACAUACACACGCAAACAUUUUAACUCCUCUUUACCUAUACUUAUUAGUGAAGUGUGCAACGAAUUGGUGUUAGGGAAGAGGGGCAAUUUAGGGAGUAGCUUGAAGGAGAACUUAAUUAGUUCGUUAGGGAAAUGCUCUGUAAAUAGACAUAAUUAGAGAGAUAAUCAUGUUGAAAUUUGUUGAAUGCUUUGGGUUAGCUUUAAAAGGCUAAAUUGGGAGAGAAUCUACCUCUAAAAAGUAGAAUUAUCAUCUUCUUCCUAUGUUCUGCCAUUUAUGAUGCCCAAGCUAUAAUAAUACAUAGCAGUCUUUUAAAUGUACUUUUCAGUGUUAACAGUUGGUGAGAGUAUAAUAUAUCUCUGUGGUGAUAGUUGUCUUGUCUUUGA